AUGUUCUGCCUCAAGUGCUUCUUCCUCGCGCUGCCUCUUGCAGCAGCCCUUCCCCAAGGCACUCCUUCGGGCUCAUCAGCUACCUUCAAAGCUGAUCUUCGAGUGGACACCAAUCGUGAUGGCAAGGUCGACCUCACCGGCACGACUGACACCGAGGGCAAGGACACCUGGUCGGAGACCUCUGGUGCCCUUUUCCUCCCAGGCAUCGCAAACACUGCACGCCAUUGCCACGGUCCGGAUGACAACUGCAACGAUUCCAACACAAACCACCUGUGGGCACCAAACUCCAUGGCCCCGAUUCGCACCGUGGCCAUGCCCAACAUCAGCGACUCGGUCACCGCCACCAUUUCCAUCAGCGAUCCUGUCGCCCGUUCCAAAGUCCGCAUCUUUCUGGACUUUCCCGAGGAACCCACCCAGUUCACCAUGGAAGACUUCACAAGCCUGCAGGCACUGCCGCCUCCGGAGAACGACCGCUGGGUCUACCUUGAGAACGACACGAAAAUUCCGGCGCUGAAGCUGCGACAGGGCUUGAUCUUGGCCAUCGAUGGCCGCGAUACCAGACGCCCUGGUACAUGGGACGGCCGCGUUUCGGUCGAAUUUAAGGUCACGGACGGCACCACCACCUCGACUGACAAGGUCAUGCUGCGCGUCGCGCCGCUUCUUACCAGCCAUCAUCUUCAGCCUAUCGAGAAGGUCUUCGUUACCAAGAAAGAUAUCGUGGCACCGUCUGUCGGACCCGUUGAGGACAGCAUCCGGAAGAACAUGCAAAAGGCUGGCAUCAAGGAGCCACUCGAGUACCUCAAUGUCGAUUACACCUGGGCCCAGGAUGUAAUGGAACCUGCAUAUGCUAGCAUUCCCGGCCCUGAAGGACCGAUUACCAUGCGAAUCAAUCUAGCGGGAAUCCCGGUCCAUGUAGGUAUAGGUAAUCCUGGUGCCAGGCUACUGUACAACGAUCUGCGAGGCGACGGCGUUGGAGCCGUCGACGCUGCUGGGUUCAAGGAAAUAUCCAAGGAAAAGAACCUCGAAGCGGGCGGAAACAUUGAGUCUAUCCCUCCCUACGAGUUCAACGGCAAAAAGUUCCCCGCUGGCAGAAUCAUUAUAGGCGCCUCGGAUGCGAGGACACCUCAGGCGCUGGGAUUCCUCAAGGCUCAGGAAACCCAAGAUCCUAUCACCGUUGAUACCACGUGGCUCAUGGUCGGGCACAUCGACGAGGUGCUCAGCUUCCUGCCCGCCAAGACAGCCCGCGGCUGGCGCGUUGCCCUCCUGGACCCCAUGAUGGGCUACCAGGCGCUCGAGAAGCUCGAGAAGGAAGGCCACGGCGACGUGCUCCUGACCAGCAACCCGGUCGCACAGAACGGCUCGAGUGUCCCGAGCGUCCGCGACUUCCUCGCCUAUGAGCACAGCAAGAAGGCGGCCACCCACAGUGCGGAGAAGAUGGAGGCCGCGCUGAGCACCCUCCGCAAGGAGACGGGCAUCACGGACGAGGACGUCGUCCGCAUCCCCAGCGUCAUCGCGCCCAUGUCUGCGCUUCAGACGUGGUUGCAUGCCAGGAAGCCCGGCGGCGAGAACGACAACGAAUUCCUUCCUCUCAACUCGGCGUUCCCGAGCCAGGUCAACGGUGUGCCGCUGUCCGACUCGCUUUUCAUGGCGGCCAAGCCGUGGGGUCCGGUGGUAAACGGCGAGGACGUCAUCCAGAAGAUGUCCAAGGACGCCUAUUCCGCGGCGGGCUUCGAGGUCGAAUUUGUCGAUGAUUGGGACCUCCACAUGGCGAGCGGUGAUUUGCACUGUUACACCAACACCUACCGUACCCCGUCCCCGAAGUGGUGGUAA